AUGUCUACGGACGAAUACCAGUGGUCGGAGAAGACAAAAUCCUAUUUGCUCAGCGCCUUCUUUUGGGGCUACUUCGUUACACAAAUACCCGGCAGUCAGUUGGCGCACCGAUUUGGCGGAAAAGUGAUGCUGUUUGGUAGCAUAUCCCUCAGCGCAGUACUGACUCUACUCAUACCACUCAGCGUUCGUAUUGGUGAUUGGAAAUUGCUAUUUGCACUCCGCAUGACACAAGGUCUCAUACAGGGUUGCAUAUUCUCUUCAAUACAUACACUGCUUUCCAAAUGGGUGCCACCCGAAGAGCGUGGCACACUUGGAACAUUUUGCUACACUGGCCUCUCGUUCGGUACCGUUGUAAUGAUGUUGGUAAGCGGUUGGAUUGCUGCAUCUUCAUUUGGCUGGCCAGGCAUAUUCUAUUGCUCCGGCAUGGUCAGCCUGCUUUGGGCUCUGGUAUGGUACUUUUUAGGCGCUCGUUCACCCAGCCAUUGUAAAUGGAUAUCGGUGGAAGAAAAAUUGAUGAUCGAGUCGUCUUUGGGUACUUCCGCUAAGUCGCCGCAUGGGGCAGCACCUCUGAAAACACCAUGGAUUAAGAUACUCACAAGUGUGCCAUUUUGGGUGCUAUUGGUAGCGCAGAGCACCUCCGCUUGGGGCUUUUAUACACUUCUCACACAAAUUCCAUCCUAUAUGAAUAGCAUUCUGGGACAGGAUAUCAAGAGCAAUGCGCUAAUGUCUGCAGUGCCAUAUUUCGCUAAUAUGUGCUUAACUGUUGUCUUUUGUGCUCUGGCCAAUUUCCUUAUGAAACGUGGUUACACCAGUGUAAACGCUAGUCGAAAGCUGUUCAACACUAUCGCCUUCUGGGUGCCGGUAGCACCGCUCAUCUUACUCGGCUAUAUGCGCGCCGAGCAAAGUCAAUUGGCGCUUGGCUUGCUAGUUAUAGCUGUUGGUGCGACCGCGGCAGGCUCUUUAGGUUUCCUCACCAAUCACAUUGAUCUAUCGCCAAAUUUUGGUGGCAUAUUGAUGGGCGUGGGUGGGUUUGCAGCCACUAUUAUGAGUUUGCUGGCACCACUAACUGUGGGCUUCAUCGUUACAGAUGCGAAAGAUGUGAGCCAGUGGCGUGUGAUAUUCUAUAUUGCAGGCAGUCUACAAUUUAUUGGCAAUCUAUUAUUUCUUUUGUUCGGCAAAACCGAGAUUCAAUCGUGGAACUAUCCCAGAAUGCAAAGGGAUCCGCGAGAUCAUAUUAAAUUUGAGACAAUUAAUAUGAAAAGGGAUGUGGAAUGA